AUGAACCAGGAUCAAGAGACUCUCCAUAUCAUCGUGAACCCUGUCGCAGGUCAUGGCCAAGGACCCCACUUCGUCGAAGAGAAUGUCAUACCUAUCCUCAGACAUCUCUUGAUCCCCUACCAGAUCCACACCACUUCUUCACCUGGCGAUGCAGGCAACAUAGGUCAAUAUUUGACUCGAUCAUUCGAUGGAGGUGCUACUAUCAGGUUGGCGAUAGUGGGAGGAGAUGGAACUUUCCAUGAAUUGAUAGAAGGCGUUCAAGAUGUGACAGGGAUCAAAUGGGAAGUUGUCUUAUUACCUUUUGGUACUGCAAAUGCAUUAUUCUCAUCUUUAUUCCCACCUUCCACUCCCCUAUCUCCCUCGUCUCUCGACCUCAUAUCGUCUAUGCCUUUCCCUCUUUCUGAUGGAAUCCAACACCAACUCUCCUCAUUAUUCUCUUAUCUGACCAAGAGCCCUUCCAUCAAUCUACCUAUCACUCAAACCACCCUCUCUACUAAAGCUGCGAUCUGUGAGAAGUUCUCUUCUCACGUGGUACUUUCAACUUCACUCCACGCUGCUAUCCUUCACGACUCAGAAGCGUUAAGGGAGAGUCAUCCAGGAACAGAAAGGUUCAAAAUUGCAGCUGCCCAAAAUGCAUCCAAACUUUUCUAUGCGAAUGUAAACCUAUCAUCGAAUUCACAAGCACCAAGUGACGUAGAACAAUGGGAUCCUAAUUCUCAAGAAUGGACAAGGCCAUUCACGAUAUCGAACUCAGUUUCCACUAAAGACGAUAACCAUAAAGAGGGCUCGGCGGAAUGGUAUGUAAAAGGUCCAUUCUCAUAUUUCUUAUCAACCUCGACUGUUGAUAGAUUAGAACCUACUUUUAUGAUUUCACCAUUUACGAAUCUCAAAAGCGAAGGAGAUCAAUUCAUAUAUGUGACCAUGAUUAGACCAUUUAGAGAUCGGUUCAUCCCUUCCAGCAAAAUCGAAGAGAGGAAAGAUAAUCUAUCUAAAAGGGCUUUUGAAAUUGUUGGUUCAGCUUACAAUGCUGGAUCACAUGUCGAUCUCACAUAUCCCGCUUCUCAGGCGGUGGUAGAGGGAGAUGACUCACGCAACGGUAACGGAUUGGAGACAAAAGGUGAAGGUGAACCUGUAGUGGAAGUUUUCAGAUGUACUUCGUUCAAUUGGAACCCCUCGAUUGAACAAAAAUCAGAAGGAUGGGAACAGGGGAAUAACAGACUAGUCUGCGCAGAUGGUGCAUUACAUUCAAUCCCAGAGGGUGGAAGUGCAGAAGUCGAAUUGAGGACGCAGGAGAAGGAUACAGGGUUCUUCGUAUUCGCUUGA